UAAGCCCCGCCCCCGCGCGCCGGAAACCCGCCCCAGAGGGGGACGCCAGCCAAUCAAGGAGCCGCGUGGCCCGUCCCUGACCUUUGCCCUGCUGCCGCGAGGGCGCGCGGGAAAUCCCGAGUGCAUCUGGAGCUCGCGGGGCCGCUGAGACCAUGGCCGCCUCCUCGGUGUCUAAGGGCUGCUUUGUAUUUAAGCCAAACUUCAAGAAGAGAAAGAUCUCUGUGCCAAUAGAGGACUAUUUUAAUAAAGGAAAAAAUGAGUCUGAGGACAGUAAGCUUCGAUUUGAAACUUAUCAGCUGCUAUGGCAACAGAUGAAAUCUGAAACUGAGAGACUGCAAGAGGAAUUAAAUAAAAACUUGUUUGACAGUCUCAUUGAAUUUCUGCAAAAGUCUCAUUCUGGAUUCCAGAAUUCAAGAGACUUGGGCCGACAAAUAAAACUCAGAGAAAUUCCAGCUGCUGCUCUUGUUCUUGGUGUGAAUGUCACAGAUCAUGAUUUAACAUUCAGAAGUCUAACAGAGGCCCUUCAGAAUAAUGUCACACCAUAUGUAGUCUCAUUGCAAGCUAAAGAUUGUCCAGAUAUAAAACAUUUUUUGCACAAGUUGGUCUCAGAGUUGAUGGACUGUUGUGUAGAUGUAAAAUUGAAAGAGGAAGAAGAUGUUCAGGUCGCCCAGAAAAAGACACAUUGUUCGAUGGAUUCACUUUCCAGGUGGUAUAUGACUGUCACACGGAAGACAGACCCAAAAAUGGCAAGCAAAAAGAGGACUCCUUCUAUCCAAUGGCAGUCUCCUCCUGUUGUGCUUAUCUUAAAGGAUAUGGAGAGCUUCACCACAAAAGUACUCCAAGACUUCAUAAUUAUCAGCAGUCAGCAUCUACAUGAAUUUCCACUGACACUCAUUUUUGGAAUCGCCACUUCUCCUGUCAUCAUCCACCGGCUGCUUCCUCAUGCAGUAUCAUCUCUAUUGUGUAUAGAACUGUUCCAGUCGUUGUCUUGCAAGGAGCACCUGACUAUAGUACUGGAUAAGCUACUUCUCACAACUCAGUUUCCCUUUAAAAUAAGUGAAAAAGUGUUACAGGUUCUGACCAACAUCUUUUUGUAUCAUGAUUUCUCAAUUCAAAACUUUAUAAAAGGACUUCAGCUUUCUCUGUUAGAGCAUUUCUAUUCCCAGCCCUUAAGUGUUCUGUGCUGUAAUCUCCCAGAAGCCAAGAGGAGAGUAAAUUUUUUAUCUGAUAGUCAAUGUGAAAACAUUCGACGUAUGCCAUCAUUCAGGAGGUAUGUGGAAAAGCAAGCUUCAGGAGAGCAAGUUGCACUAUUGACCAGUGAGAGAUUUCUGAAGGAAGAAACACAAUCAUUACUAGAAAACCUGCAUGUUUACCAUAUGAAUUACUUCCUGGUUUUGAGAUGUCUUCAUAAGUUCACCUCUUCUCUUCCCAAGUACCCCCUGGGUCGACAGAUCAGAGAGUUGUACUGCACAUGUUUAGAAAAGAGCAUAUGGGAUUCAGAAGAGUAUGCAUCGGUUUUGCAGCUACUGAGGAUGUUGGCAAAGGAUGAACUGAUGACCAUACUUCAGAAAUGUCUCAAGAUUGUUAAGUCCUCUUCUGAAAAGCACCUUGGCAGCACAGCUAAGAGAAUAGAGGAGUUCCUGGCCCAGUUUCAGAGUCUCGAUGACACCGAGGAGGAAGACGAUACUUCUGGGUCACAGCCAAAAGGGCUUCCGAAGACAGACCUCUAUCACCUACAGAAGUCCUUACUGGAAAUGAAGGAGUUAAGAAGAACAAGUAAGAAACAAACCAAGUUUGAAGUACUCAGAGAAAAAGUUGUGAACUUCAUUGACUGUCUAGUGAGAGAAUACCUGCUGCCUCCUGAGACGCAGCCUCUGCAUGAGGUGGUGUACUUCAGUGCCGCCCAUACCCUGCGGGAGCACUUGAAUGCUGCCCCACGAAUGGCCCUCCACACUGCACUCAACAACCCCUAUUAUUAUCUGAAGAACGAAGCACUGAAAAGUGAAGAAGGUUGCAUUCCAAAUAUCGCUCCGGACAUUUGCAUAGCAUAUAAACUGCACUUAGAGUGUAGCAGGCUGAUCAACCUUGUGGACUGGUCAGAGGUAGGUUGGUGGGCUUUUGCAACAGUUGUGACAGCUGCUGAAAAAAUGGAUGCAAAUUCUGCAACCUCAGACAAAAUGAAUGAAAUUAUCCAUGCUCGGUUUAUUCGAGCUGUUUCUGAACUAGAACUUCUAGGGUUUAUCAGACCUACCAAACAGAAGACGGACCACGUGGCAAGGCUGACCUGGGGAGGCUGCUAGGAUGCGAAUGCGUGAAGCUGAGGCCGCGGCAUGGAGCCGAAAAGAUGUGCCGUCCUAACAUCUCACUAGAGACGGCUGUGGCGAGAGGAGGGGUGCGCCUUGCCCACGUGAUGUGGAAAACUCUGCGAGCUGGCCCCAAGCGGGUGGCUGUCAGGACCCCACUGGAGUACGGUGGGCGACAACAGCGUCAUCCUUGUCGUUAAAACACAUUGUCUCUGCACCUGUCAGUCGCCACGAGUUGCGAGUAAAUCAUUUGCGCGUGCAGUU